GUCUUGUUACCUUAUUUCCUUCUUGAAAGACAUUUUUAUUUCUUUUCUGUAGUAUGGUACAAAGUUUUAAUCUAUCUGGUAUCCUUAAUGCUUUUCGACUUAUUGCCAAUCCAAGUCUAGCUAUGCCUCACAUUAUAGUGAAUGAUAUUCGUGAAAUCCCAAUGGCGUCUUUGAAAAAACACGGUAUCAAAGCAAUGGCAUUUGAUAAAGACAAUUGUCUUACAGCACCUUAUAUGUCAAACAUUCAUCCACCAUUCAAGGAAGCUUGGGAUAGAUGUAAGGAUACGUUUGGCAAGGACAAUGUGACAAUUGUUUCGAAUUCAGCUGGAACAUUGGAUGAUGAAAAUGGAAAAGAGGCGCAAGCAUUGGAAGUAUCACUAGGUGUUCAUGUUCUUCGUCAUACUGAUAAAAAGCCUUCUGGAGGUGCUGCAUUGAUGUCUCAUUUGAAGAUACCUCAUGAUCAAAUAGCUUUUGUGGGUGAUCGUAUUUUAACCGAUAUAGUCUAUGGAAAUUUGAAUGGAAAUCUGACAAUAUGGACCAAACAAGUCAUUUCGGAAAAAGGUGACAAUAAACCUGCUCUUUUUAUUCGACGUUUAGAACAUCAUUUAGUAAAAAUGCUUCAUCAUUUAGAUAUCAAACCUUCCCCUCAUCCUUUUUAUACCAAUAAAGUGAAACAAUAGUUUAUAAUGUG